GCCGGCUUAGAAUAGCCUCCCUGCCGCGCCGGGCGAGCGGACGCUCGGGCUCCAUAGCGAAGCGGAUCUCGGGCAGAGACGGGCGUUCUCUCUCUUCCCGGCGGCUCCGAGGGCGGCAUGUUGAGCUGGGGGCUCCCCGGGACCGUGCUGGGCGGGCUGCUCGGCUCCUGCCUUCUUCUAGCAGGAUCGAUUUCAGGGUUCAAAUGGAAAGGCCCCAAAUUAAACGUAACAGGAGCGCAUCAUGUCAUACAAGAAGGAGAUACUUUAAAUAUCUUGUGCAGUGGAGAUGUGCCCCAUUCUUGGUUUCUGCCUGAAACUCUAAGUAGGGAUGACAACCGAUUGAAUAUAAUGACUUACGCUUGUGGAAGGCACAACAAGCAGUUCUGCAGCAGCCUGACUUUGAACAGAACUCAAGCAACUGACACAGGAUACUACAGCUGCAAAUAUCCAGCCUCAAGUGAAGUAAAAAAGAAGACCGUAUCUAAAAUAUAUGUAUUUAUUAAUGACACACAAAACCCAUUUAUCAAGCUACACACAAAUGUACCAGAAAUGAUACGCACAACUAAUGGAGAGGAGUUGAUUAUCCCCUGCAGAGUUACAGCACCUGAUAUCCAUGUUAAAUUAAAAAUGAUACCAGGAGGAACCAUCAUUCCUGAUGGGAAGACAGUCAUCUGGGAUAACACAAAAGGCUUCAUAAUUCCAAAAGCAACAUAUAAAUUCAUAGGGCUUUUUAGCUGUGAAACUAUUAUUGAUGGUCAUGAAUAUAGCACCAAAUACCUGACAUAUAGGCUAAACAAUGAAAUCAUUAGUGUCCAGGUAAAUGACUCAAAACCAGUGAAGCUAUUCAAAGGACAAAGUCUGGUUCUCAACUGUAGUAUUACUGCAGCCUGGAACACCAGAGUGCAAAUCACAUGGACUUAUCCUGGUGAGGCAAGCAAAAGAGGCACCAUUAGUAGAAGCAUUCAACAAGGAAAAGAUGGGUCCAACCUAUUCUACAGCAUCCUUGUUGUUGAUAAAGUCCAUGAUAUAGAUAAAGGCCAAUACAUCUGCAAUGCUAAGAGCGGACCAUCACUCAAAUCAGAUAGAGUAACAGUUUUUAUUUAUGAUAAAGCAUUUAUCACCUUGCAACAUCGACAAAAAAACAUGCUGGAUGUUAUGUCUGGCAAGAAGUCCUAUCGACUUUCUAUGAAAGUGAAAGCAUUUCCUACACCAGAGGUUGUAUGGUUGAAGGAUGGGUUACCUGCUGCUGAAAUGUGUGCCAGAUAUAAAAUUAAAGGUUUCUCACUCAUUAUAAAACAUGUUGCUGAAGAAGAUGCAGGAAACUACACUAUAAUGUUGAGCACCCGGCAAUGGAACCUACAAAAAAAUUUAACAAUAACACUCAAAAUAAAUGUGAAACCUCAGAUUUAUGAAAAAGUGUCAUCAAUUCCUGGUCCUAAUCUCUAUCAACUAGGAACUAAGCAAAUUUUAACAUGCAUUGUUUAUGGUAUUCCUCAACCUGUGAUAAAAUGGACCUGGCAGCCAUGUCAACAGAACCAUUCCAGAACAAGGUAUGACUUUUGCUCCAGUUCAGAAAAUCCGCUAGUUUUGACAUCUGAAAGCACUACAGGAAACAGAAUCCAAAGCAUUACACAAAGAACAGCUUUAAUAGAGGGGAAGAACAAGACUGCUAGCAUCUUGGUUGUGGCUGAAUCCAGAACAUCUGGAAUCUACAGCUGCAUAGCAUCCAAUAAAGUGGGAAAGGACAAAAGAGACAUCAGUUAUUUUGUAACAGAUAUACCAAAUGGAUUCUCUAUUAACUUGAAGAAAGCACCUGUUGAAGGACAAACGCUAGUGUUGUCAUGUCUAGCCAACAAAUACCUAUACAAAGACCUCACCUGGCUUUUACCAAGGACAGCUAACAACCAAACAAGAAUUAAAAAAGCCAUUGUGAAGGAAUAUUCCGUGGAGCUCCCUCUCAUCAUCAAGAACAUUUCGCUUGAACAUUCAGGCACCUACAUCUGCCGAGCAAGAAACCUAUACACUGACAAAGAUGUGCUUCAAGAGAAAAACAUUACCAUCAGAGGUGAGCGCUGUAACAAAAAGGCUGUUUUCUCACGGAUCCGCAAAUUUAAGAGCGCAAGGAAUGAUUGUACAACACAACACAAUGUAAGCCAAUAAAGGACUAACUAAAAAGUGACACUUCACUGAUAUAAUCUUGAUUGACCACUACUGUACACUUCCAAAUAUGGAGGUUUGGACAUAGGAGGAGUAACAAUGCCAAAAAAAGAAAGAAAAGAAAAAGGCCUCCACCCCAAAGUAAACAAAAAAACUGUCCCUAAACCUGGGCUUCCAAUUUGGCUCAGAAAGUCCUAUUCUACUUUGACAAAGAUGUGGAAGUUGGAAUUUGGGAGAGUUCCCCACCCCCUGCAUUGCAUUUUGUGUGUUAUGUUGUAUUGUUCUUUGCAGUCUCCCACCAAGUGCUAAUGAAAAACUUUGGAACCAGCCUGUCUUCGGCUUUGAUAUUCAACCUCCUCCCAAGUGUCAAAGCUGCAUAAACUGAAAACUUUUUUAAAAAAAAAAUAGAAAGACUGCUGCCUUUGGUCAACAUUGGACGCUUUAUAAGUUAACUUUGGUGCAGGAUAAGCACGGCUCAGUUUGAGAGAUUGACUGGACUAUGGUAUUAUUUACUUUAAUCUGCUCUUUGUGGAUUUAUAAAUAUUGCCUGCUGAGCAAGUUCUUAUGCUUAUUUAUUUGAAUUCAUUUUUCUACCUUAAAUACACUCAUCUUUUUUUUAAAAUAAUUUUUUUCUCAGGGAAAGCUCUGAGGAGGAUCUAAAAUGAAAAAUAACAUGUUGAAAUUAGGCAUCGUUUGCAUCAAUUAAACUAUUUAAAUCCAUCAAAAUUGGACCCAUUUUCUUAGAGUAAAUAGAUUGUGGGAGAUUUCCAUUGGGUCUCCCUUUGCUUUCCUUUCAAAUAAAUCACAAUACUAUGUUAAACAUGUGUUGACAUGAAUGGGAAAAGUCUUCAUUGACAUUAUAAUGAAGAAAUAUGUAACUGUUAAAACUAACUUAAUAAAGAGAACUACCACAUUUACCCUUACUAAUAAGGUUUCCAUCAUCACAGCAAAUAUUUAAUGUAUUUAAAGUUAAGGCUACUAGUAUAUGUAUGUAUCUGUGUAUGUACAGUAUGUAUGUGUAUGAAACACACACACGUACAUAUUGACACAGACACACACACAUCAUUUCUUUUUCAUUUUCAAAUGGUAAUAAGAUUUCUAAAAUGACUAAACUACUGAUAGAGAAUUAAAAACAAUCUAUCGUUACUUUUAAA